AUGUUGCCUCAUGCCAUCAUUGGCUCUGUGGCCAGCAUCUCUAAACUUCAUUAUGUAACUCAAAGACUUUAUUAUUUAGCUUUACUAUUUAGCUCACAGGAACUCAGACUCUACAAGACGGAAGACAGAAAUAAUUUAAGAAACAUCCACAGCAGUGAUGGGUCCAGUUUCUUUGAACAGUAUCCCAGAGAUGUUAACCAUCCUUUCAAGAUUCAAGAUGGCCAAGAAGCAACAGACUGUCUCCUUGGUUUAGCCAUUGGACUUGAGGAUGGAGAGAAUGCUGAAAACUAUAAGGACUUGGUACCAGGUAAUGCAAAACAUAUCGACGAAAAAAAUAAAAAUUCAGAACCAUCGAUCAGUCUGGAUGUAAAUAACCCAGGUUUUCAGGCUGAUGUGAUGAUUUUGGCUAAGCUUCUUUGGGAAGUCGUGGUGAGGACUCGGUCAUGCUUAAGGCAAUUUGCGUUUUUGGAGGAUGCAGUUGCCAAAGCACUCAAACAAAAGGAGGGCUUUGUCUGGCGCCUUCACCAAGAAUAUCUCAUAGCAGGAGAUCCAGUCUAAGAAGCAGCUCAAAUUCCACCAUUGCCACACAUUAAGGAGCUCAGGCCAAGGGUGGUGGCGGGGGGGACAGACCAAGACUGGGGAGACUGGGGAAAGCCGGAGGAUGAACACUGUUAG